GACAAGGCAAGCAACAAGGCAGGACUACAAGACGUUUCCCCAUCCAUUUCUCACCACCACCGCGACCACCACUGCCACCUUUCUCCUCCUCCAUCUUGUUCUUGUUCUUCUUCUUCAGGGUCAGCAGCGAUGCCACGGAUGCUUCACUGGGUGUUCAAGGUCGCAGACCGCGGCCAGACCAUCAAGUUCUAUCGCAGCGUGCUUGGCAUGCGUGUGCUUCGCCACGAAGAGUUCGAGGAAGGCUGCGACGCCCAGUGCAACGGGCCAUAUGACGGCAAGUGGUCCAAGUCCAUGGUGGGGUAUGGCCCAGAGGACAACCACUUUGUAGUUGAGCUGACGUACAACUAUGGCGUCAAGCACUACGAUUUGGGGAACGACUACAACUGCAUCAAGGUGUCGUCAACGGCAGCCUUCAAGAACGCCAUGCAGUUCAAGGAUGAGUUCCCGGUUCAGUCUUUGUCAGACGCCCAGCUGAAGGUCCAAGCGCCAGGCGGCUACAACUUUGAAAUUACAAAUGCCGAUGUUGCUGAAGGCAUGGACCCAGUCACUGGCCUUGUGCUCAACGUGACCUCCCUCGCCAAGUCCCUUGAGUACUGGAAUGGACUGCUCGGAAUGAGUGUUGUGGAGAAGAGUGACAAGGAAGCCAGCCUGUCGUAUGGCGAGGAUCAGGCAACCCUCGUGCUCCACCAGAUUGCUGAGCCCCUGAAUCACGCCUCCGCCUACGGGCGCGUCGCGUUUGCCUGCCCUGCAGCUGAGCUGCCUGAGAAGCAGAAGAAGGCUGAGGAGGCGGGCCACAAGGUGCUGACCCCUCUCAUCAGCUUGGACACCCCUGGCAAGGCCACCGUCCAAGUGGUCAUCCUCGCAGACCCGGAUGGCUACGAGAUUUGCUUCGUCGGCGACGAGGCUUUCAGAGAACUCUCGCAGGUUGAUCCGAAAGCGGAUGAGCUGCUUGACAAGGCAAUGGCGGCGGACGGGUCGAAGGAGUGGUAUGCGAAGCGGCAGGCGUACCUGGCCAAGCUCGACGCACAGGCUGAGCUCAAGAACAAACAGAGCAAGCACGCUGCCGAAUAAGAGAACCCCCUUGCGUGUGUGCGUGUGUGUGUACGUGUGUGUCUACUACCUUGCACUGUUCCCUGCUUCUUUCCUCCUUCCUACUCCACCUUUCAUCCCCACCUCUGUCGCCUGCCACUGGCCACUGGCCACUGACGAGCUUUGACGGUCACGAAACAAAACACACAAAAAAAGAGAAGAAGAAGA